GCAGGAAGAUGGCACACACCCGGAUCUCCUUGUACUUGCCUCCUGACAUCAACCCCACUCAGGCUACCAUCGCCUAUGGCUGCCGGGCCCUGCCCAAGCUGAACGAGGAGCUGCAGUCAGAGGAUCUGCUGACCAGGCAGAAAGCCCUCAUGGCUCUGUGUGACCUCAUGCAUGACCCUGAGCAUGUCUAUGUGGCCAUCAGCUUAGGCUGCCUGGAGAGUCUGAAAGUUUUGCUGAAGGACACCAAUGACAUGGUGCGGAUAAAGGCCACCGAGGUGCUCUACAUCAUGGCAACCCAUAACAUAGGCAGAGAAGGCUUUUUGGAGCACAAUAUCAUUCGUGCCCUGUCCUUCCUGCUGAAUGACCCCCAGCCAACCUGCCGAUACAACCUGCAUCAGACCUUCAAGUACUUGGCUGAGCUGCCUUCAGGGGCCCAGGGCAUUGUCAACAGUGGGCUGAUCACCUCGCUGGUGUGGAAGCUGCAGAAGGAGGAUGAGGAAAUCCAGGUGCUCAUCCUGGACACGCUGGCAUCCUGCCUGAUGGAGGACUCAUCCGAGGCACUGGGCAGCCGUGUUGUGCCCUCCCUGAAGGAGAAGCUUCUCAGCAACAACGGAGAAAUCCGCAUGAAAGCCGCCCGCACACUCAUGGCCGUCUGCAUCCCCCUGGAGGGCAAGAAGCAGGUGUGUCAGAAUGAUGUCAUCCCCAUCCUUGUGGACCUGCUGAAGGACCCAAUGGAAAUGGUGCAGGCCCAUGCAGCUGGAGCCCUCAUGUAUGCCACCGUGACUACAGAAGGGAAGUAUGCAGCCCUGGAUUCAGAUGCCAUUUACCCACUUCUGAAGUUGCUGAACUCCUCCUUGAGCAAGGCACGCCUGAACGCCAUCAAGACACUCACCAUGCUGGCUGAAGCUCCUGAGGGUCGCAAGGCUCUGCAGCCCCACGUGGGCACCUUCCGCGAACUUGAGAUGGAUGUUGUGAAGUCUGUGCAACGGGCAGCCCAAACUGCCAUCCAAGUUAUUGAAUGGAAACCCUGAGUGUCAUACCAGGCCAGACUUCCACAUUGACUGGGCCAAGAUAAGCUGCAUGCCUCAAUAAAUGGGUUGAACCUUCUUA